CUAUCAGUAGUUAUCUCAGUCACAUUCGUUUUAGCGUUUGCGCAUGGAGCUAUGGCAGGGUUAGAAUUCGCAAGCCUCAACUUCAAAGCUUCUUCAUCCUCUGUUCAACUUGAUCCUAGAUCAAGUUUUGAUUUCACCCAGAUCAACUGUAACUGUCGAGCGGAGCUUUUUCAUGUACUAGAUACCCUUCGCAUCCAGCCAAUACCAUUAGAAGCAUGUGAAUGUAUCCAAUGCAAUCCUGGCCAUUUUUCCGGACAUGAAGACUGUUUUGUGACGCAAAUGAAACCGAGAAACCCUGUGACACGACCAAAACGCUCCCUUCCAGAAAGGCGCCAAGGGAGGGACGCCUUUGAUUGGCAACAGUUCCUGAAUAGUAUCUCGUUUAUGGUUAGUUCGAACAGUUCCAAAGCUCAUCAAACCCAAAGUUAUUUCCACUACAAUUAUAAGAGCAAUGGAGUCAACGGCACGGAGAAAAACUCCACCGAUUCUUCUUCCUCAGCACUUUCUUCUGAAGAGGGUGGCAAGAGAAAGAAAAUUGUUUAGUUUAAAACACAAUGUAAUUUUCCGAUAGGCGAAUAUUGAUGAAAUUUAAUAA